ACCUAUGGGCUAUGGAUACAUAGUGUAGGAAAAUUGUGUGCUAAAUUGUUGUGGCGAGUAGUCCGUGAAAAUUGUAAAAUUAAAUCUUUUAAAUUGAUUAAUGGAGAUAAUUGUGAUUGCUUUGUGUAUAUAGACAAUAUUUAAAACAUUUGAUUGAUUUAUUACUGGUGAUUGUAAAGUAUAUUAUUUAAAAGUAUCAAAGAAACUGAGUGAGUUGAGCCUAUAAUCCGGAUUCACAUUAACUUCUUGUCGUUGUGUUGCUUUACGUUUUAACACAUUCAUACAGUUUUAUCGUGUUGGGAGUAUUUUUAGAAUUGCCUGCAGUGUUGAAGCUCCAUGUCUUUGUAAACAUAUUAUUAUGCUUGUGAAUAGUUGCGCCGUUUUUAUAUGAACUUUUGGAUUAUAGCUUGGUGUUUUCUUAAGUUUCAACAACAAUGUGAUGAAAGUUGUGUGUUUGUCCGAAGAUAAAAGUAUACAAAGAAGCUUAAUUUAUUUUAUGGUGCUAGCGGCAAGGUGAAGGCGGCGGCAUGUGGCGCGGCGCGCGGGUCCUUGUACUCGCGGCGCUGGGCCUGCUGGCCGCGUCUUCGGUCGAUGCACAGAUCCCCAAGAAGUUCAAUAUCACCAUUGGUUACCUGCCCUCGAUUAAGGGCGAGCUCCGAUCGAGACAGGGUCUCGCCAUCUCUGGAGCCCUAUCUAUGGCUCUCGAAGAGAUUAACAACGGUACUGACUUGUUACCCGACGUGCACCUUUCGUUGGUGUGGAACGACACCAAGUGCGAUACGGUGACGGCAACGAAGCUUCUUACCGAUAUGAGCUGUUCGGGGGUGGUCGCGUUCUUUGGACCAGAGGGCCGGUGCCACACAGAGGCUAUUAUAGCACAGUCCCAAAACUUGCCGAUGAUCUCAUAUAAAUGUUCCGACUAUCAAACGUCUAAAUUGCCUAAUUUCGCGAGGUUGGAGCCCCCCGAUGCACAGGCAACGAAAUCGGUUAUUUCACUGUUACGAUACUACAGAUGGAAUAAGUUCUCUAUAUUGUAUGAGGAGUCGUGGGUGACGGUGGCUUUGACGCUGGAGAAUCACGCCAAGAAGAAUAAUAUGACUGUCAACCAUCAAAGACCGGUGAUAGAUGGCUUUAAAUGCUGUGAAGAGAAGAUGAGCUGUUGUGCACCAGGGUUCUGGUACCAGUUUAUACAGGAGACCAAGAAUAGGACUAGAAUAUAUGUGUUCCUCGGAUCGCCGGGUGGGUUGAAUGACAUGAUGACGGCUAUGGAGUCAUUGCAACUGUUUGUGAAGGGAGAGUAUAUGGUUAUAUUUGUUGACAUGAUGACGUACACAGCAAAGGAUUCAUUGAAAUAUUUAAUGAAGGCUGGAGACCACGGACAUGGGCAUGGGCCGGAGGAUUUUUGUCAAAAUACCCCAGAAUUUAGGAAGAGGGCACAGUCGCUCUUGGUCGUAGUUUCGUCUGAGCCCGAACGGAGUUAUGAGAACUUUACGAGCAAAGUUCAAGUGUAUAACACGGAGGCGCCUUUUGAGUUCCCUCUGCCGGCAGUUUUUGAAAAAAAAUUUAUAAAGUAUGUGUCAAUAUAUGCGGCGUAUCUUUACGACUCGGUGAAGUUGUAUGCGACGGCGUUACACAAUUUGAUUGAAGAGGAAACGCUUAAGAAGAACGAAACACUCACACAUAAGAGAUUAAUGAGUAUCGCUACUAAUGGGACACGAAUUGUUUCCAAAAUGAUCGAUAUUACGCCGUUUAAAAGUGUAUCUGGAAUGUCGAUACGUCUGGACGAACGAGCCGACUCCGAGGGGAACUUCUCAGUUCUGGCCUUCAAGCCAAUCAACUCCAGCGACAAUUUGGUCAAUUGCACUCAUAGUAUGAUACCAGUGGGACACUUCCAACAGUGCACGAGGGAAUUUCCUGAAUACAAAUUAAAUCCGAAAUUCCCAAUCGACUGGCCGGACAGCGUUAAACCGGAGGACGAACCGUCUUGUGGGUUCUUAAACGAGAAAUGUCCUAAAGACGAUUCCCAAAUCACGUCCCUAGUCGUCGCUGGGACGUUAGCGGUGGCUUUAUUUUGUACCCUCGUGGUGACAAUAAGCAUUUACCGUAAGUGGAAGAUCGAGCAGGAGAUCGAGGGACUCUUGUGGAAGAUCGAUCCGCAUGAGAUUGGAGGAUAUUUGGGGAGUGGCUUCGUUUGGUCACCCAGUAAGUUAAGUUUGGCAAGUGGUAUAUCCGGAGAGAGUAAAUGCUGUACCCAGAUAUUCACGCCCACAGCCCAGUACAAGGGAAAUGUAGUUAGGAUUAAAGAGCUUAAGUUCUCAAAGAAAAAGGACAUAUCCCGGGAAGUGAUGAAGGAAAUGCGCCUUUUGCGCGAUUUGAGACACGACAACCUUAAUUCGUUUAUUGGCGCGGUCGUUGAGCCCUUACGCAUCUUGCUGCUCACGGACUAUUGCGCUAAGGGAAGCUUAUAUGAUAUAAUAGAAAAUGAGGAUAUAAAGUUAGAUAAGAUGUUCAUAUCGUCAUUGGUGCAUGAUCUCAUUAAGGGUAUGAUUUUUAUCCACACGUCGCCAUUGAUGUAUCAUGGAAAUCUCAAAUCUUCAAAUUGUGUUGUCACCUCAAGGUGGAUGCUGCAGGUAACUGAUUUUGGACUUCAUGAAAUAAGGAAUAGUGCCGAAAACGAUUUUAUUGGAGAACAUCAAUAUUAUAGAGGUUUACUUUGGAAGUCUCCGGAAUUGUUGCGACAAUUGGAUUAUCCCAACGGUAACGUGGGCGGGACGCAGAAGGGAGACGUGUACGCGUUUGGAAUUAUUUUGUACGAGAUUAUCGCACGUCGGGGCCCCUUCGGAUUUACUUCUUUGGAACCCAAAGAGAUCGUGGAAAGAGUAAAGCGUGGUCCAGAAAAUUUAGACGGAUCGGAGGCUUUUCGUCCUGACUGGCGGACGCUACAGGGUGAUGUGGAGGACUUUGUGUUGGGCGUAAUGCGGGAUUGUUGGACUGAAGAACCAGCCUUACGACCUGACUUCCCCACUAUUAGAUCGAGGCUCAAGAAACUCAAGUCGGGCAAGUCAAGAAACAUCAUGGACCAAAUGAUGGAUAUGAUGGAGAAAUACGCGAAUAAUUUAGAAGAACUAGUCAAUGAGAGAACGAGGCUAUUGAUAGAAGAGAAGCAGAAGACGGAAGAUUUACUUCACAGAAUGCUACCAAAGUCAGUCGCACGUCGUCUCACGACGGGUGAGGGGGUGGAGCCGGAAUCGUUUGACGCGGUCACGAUUUACUUCAGCGAUAUCGUUGGCUUCACGUCCAUGUCUGCUGAGAGCACUCCGUUACAAGUCGUCAAUUUCCUAAACGAUUUGUACACCGUAUUCGAUAGGAUUAUCAGAGGCUACGAUGUCUACAAAGUGGAGACAAUCGGUGAUGCCUACAUGGUGGUAUCCGGUCUGCCGAUAAGGAACGACGAUAGACACGUCGGGGAGAUCGCCUCUAUGGCGUUGGAGCUUCUUAACGCCGUCAAGAGUCACAAGAUAUCGCAUCGGCCCAACGAAAUACUUAAAUUGCGGAUAGGAAUACAUACAGGCGCAGUAGUGGCUGGUGUAGUAGGUCUGACUAUGCCACGAUAUUGCCUAUUCGGGGAUACGGUGAACACGGCUUCUCGCAUGGAAUCGAACGGGGAGCCCCUGCGCAUACACAUAUCUCCCUCGUGUAAGCAGGCUCUUGACAAGAUUGGGGGAUACAUCGUUGAACCACGGGGAUCUAUUCCUAUAAAGGGCAAGGGAGUGUUGCAAACCUACUGGCUAGUGGGAGCGACAGAGAAGGCAAUACAAAAGCGGCUCGUGGAGGGAGAGGAACGGCCUCUGUUUUGUCGGCCACGUCGCAGUCCACGGCUCACUGAUUCCAGGCACCCUUCAAUAUCAGAGUUGCGUAACGAAUCUCGCGGGGUGAGACAGAGACUGCACAGUGGCGCCUCUUUGCCUGCGCACUCGACUAAGCCACGUUUCGACAGGGAUUCGUCGCUACGACACAGAAAUGCCCUGAGUUCGAUCGCGUCCUCGGCGUGCGAGGGCGACGUGUGUUCAGGCGCAUGCGAAAACGCUCUACGUCCGGCACGUUCACUCGACGCGCUCGCGAAACGCGAAAAGCCCUGUUUGCGCAGACACAAUACGACGCGUUCGCUCGACGCUGACGUUGCCAUAGCGACCAUUUGCGGACCGAUUUUCAACGGCAAUGCGAUCACAGAAGAAGCCAGAACGACAGAAGACAGCCCGCUCUUACGUAAAGCAAGUCUCACGAACCGCGAACGACCGCGUCGUAAGGUCCCCGACUCGGAUUAUAUUGAGUUUUAUAAGAAAUGGCGGUCGCUUGAAAAUGUUGACGUGAAAGGCGAACGCGGGAAGAUGCCGCGCUUUGCGAUUCGGUCGUGGUUGUUAGGGAUCUUUAGCGGAGGCACUCGCAGUACUAAUUCUUCGCUGCGUCGGGCUCCUCCGCUUCUCGAUCGCGAGUCGGCCGUCUGAUUUCCUUUAUAGUGUUUCCAGACUCACGGCCUAUACGUGGAUUUAAGUGCCGUGUUUGUUGCCAUGGUUACGAUGUUAUUUCCAUAUAAAAAAAGGCAACUGUGGUAACAAAUAUUGUUCUAACCACCAUUUUUCAUAAAAAAGACAUCUAUAAAGUAAAAGGUACUUUCGUUUCCAAUGUAAGAAUAUAAAAAAAUAACUUAAAAUCUGCUAUUGGGAUUUGGAAGCACUGAUUACUAUAGUUAACCCAAGAUGCACAAGAAACAAAAUGAAGCCAAAGUUUUGCUAUAUGCUACAUGCAAGUUUAAAUAGUGAUUUAUUAAACGAAUUUAUUUAUUAUAAUUUAAUACCUAUAUUUUACUAAUUAAAAAGGUUUAUACGUAGAAUCGGUUUUUGAGUCUGUAAUAUCUCGAAUGUGGAUCUUGGGUUUUUACAUAUCCAUGUAUAUUAGGAAUAUAUGUAUAUUAAAUGCUGUUGUAAAUAAUAUGUGUAAGUAAAACGAUGUUACCGUGAAUUGUGAAAUAAGAGUUUAAUGUUAUUAAAUAAUUUCUAUUGAA